AUGGCGAACCCGGGAUCGAAUUACGACUGCCAGAAAGGAUGCCGACGGACCUUCAAACCAGUAUGCGGCGAGGACGGUCGGACAUACAGCAACGAAUGCGUCGCGACUUGCCAAGAUGUGCAGGUUGCCCGGGCUGGUCCCUGCCCAGGUGGGUUUGCACCCUACCGGCGGCCCCCGCCGAAACUCAGGCCGGCCCCUGCUCCCGAGCCAUCCGCAUGA